AGGCUGCAUGUGCUUAACUUUGUUGUAGAUAGAGAGGAGGAGGCUCUCAUCUUCCUCCCUGCCUCCAUUCUUUCUCUGGACCACACCAGGCUUGGUUUAUAGCUUUGCUCCUGGUUUUCUGCAAACACAAACUCUAAUAAGGGUCUGUUCUUCUCUCUCUCUAUUGCUGAUUCUUUGUGUGAAUGUGUGAAGGGAUAGUACUCGCUCCAGAGAGAAGGCAUUCCCCCCUCUCUUCUACUCAUACGCCCCAUCUCUCUGAGAGAGAUGUUUCGUAGUUGCUGCCUUCUUGUUCUCCUCUCCCUGAUUUGAGUGCUCUGCGUACCAGAUCUGAAGCUCCUUGGGUCUUUGCGGGUGGGGGUUGCAGCAUUCGAGGUGGUCAGGGAUGAGUAAGGAGGAUGUCCUCAAGGUGCAGACCUGUGUGCUGAAAGUGAACAUCCACUGUGAUGGGUGCGAGAAGAAAGUCAAGAAGAUCCUCCACAAGAUUGAUGGUGUGUACCAAAGCAGCAUAGAUGCGGAGCAGGGAAAGGUGACGGUGUCCGGCUUGAUGGAUCCGGACACCGUCAUCAAGAAGCUGAACAAGGCCGGCAAGCCCACCCAGCUGUGGGGCUCCAAGCCUGGCGUGGUAAGCCAGCUCCAAAAGCUGCAGCUUGGCGGCGGUGGCAAGGGCCAGCCCAAGGGUGCCGGCGGCAAGGGCCAGCCCAAGGACGCCGGCGGCAAGGACCAGAAGGGUGGAGCAGGUGGUGGUAGCGGCGGGGGCGGAGGCGGCGGGAAAGAUGCAAAGAUGGUGCUGCCGCAGCCAACGCCGCAACAGCUUCAGCAGAUUCAACGGCUGCAACAACAGAUGCAGAUGAAGGGAAUCAAGCUUCCUCCUCAGUUCAUGGGCGGCAAGAUGCCGUUCCCGGCGGCCGCGCCGGGGAAGGACCCCAAGUCCGUCAAGUUCAACGUCCCCGAGGACGAUUUCGAGGAUGACGGCAGCGAGUUCGAUGAUGAGUUCGACGACUUCGACGACGAUGAGGAUUUCGAAGACGACGGCCUCGACGACGACUUCUACGAUGAUCCCAAGAUGAUGAUGAAGCCCAUGGCCAUGCCGCCAGGCGCCGGCGGGGUCAACAUGAAGGGUGGCAACGGCGGCGCCAAUGGUGGCAAGAAGGGCGGCGGUGGGAACGAGAUGCCGGUUCAGAUCAAGGGAAACGCCAACACAGGCGGAGGUGGGGGCAAGAAAGACUCUGGCGCGAAGCAUAACCAAGGUGGCGGAGGCGGCCACGGCAACAACGGCGGCGGUAAAAACGGAGGCGGCGGGCAGCCGCAGAAUGGCAAGGGCGGCGGAAACCAGCCGGGUCAGGGUAAGAAGGGUGGCGGCGCCGGUGGCCCCGCCGCUGGGGUCGGCGGCCCGAUGGGCGGCAUGCCGCCGCAGCAGCAGCCGGGCAUGAUGAGGCCUAGCAUGAUGGGCGGUGCCGGUUUCCCCGGUAUGGGCCAGAUGAGCGGCAGGCCCAUGAGCAUGCCGAUGGGCCACCCCCACAUGGGGAGCAUGCAGGGUGGUGGCGGUGCCGUACAUAGUAUGCCAGCCGGCGGCAUGGCCGGGGCGGGGUUCUACCAGGGCGGUGCCGCCGGCGGCGUGCCGUCCGGACCGGAGAUGCUGCAGGCUGCUGCGGCCUCCGGGAACCCCCUGGCGCAGCAGCAGUACAUGGCAUUGAUGCAGCAGCAGCAGCAGCAACAGAUGAUGAUGGGCGGCCAUGGACACGGGCCUCACGGCCACGGCGGCGCCGGGUACCCGCCGAUGGGCUACGGGUACGGCCGCCCGCCGAUGCAUUACCCUAUGGCCUACCCGAUGCCGCCGCACCCGCAUUCCGAGCCUUACAACAUCUUCAGCGACGAGAACCCCAACAGCUGCUCAGUGAUGUGAGGGGAGCUGCCAUGCAGUCGCAGCGGCUGGUUCAAAGUGAAACCAACCGGAAGGAGCUCAGGUCACAGUUGAUCAUCAAUCAACGUCACCAUGGUUGGUACACCCUGGAGGCUGGAUCACCAGCUAGGAUCGCCCCCUUUUCUUUCCUUUUCUCUUUUCUUUUUUCUUUCUUAGCUUAUUUUCACCUUUCUUCCUUUUAAAAAAAAGCAACUUCCUUGAAGGCGAAGGUAGGUAUAGUAAUUAUCAAUAGUUGUCAUAAGAGAUGGUGAUGCUUUCAUAGCUCAGGAAGGUGGUGAACUUGUGAUGUCGCUUUCCUUCUUGCUCCAUAAGAGGUGAUGGUAGAAAAAUGUGCAAAACAAUGCUGUUAAUGUCA